AUGAAACUGGGUCUUGAUGUCGACGUUCACGUUCAGAACACGGACAGCACAAAGUCAAUAAAUGAUGAUUUAACACUUAAGAAAAAGGAUACGGAUCGAUUCAACGGCAUUAAUAAUGAACGAAAAAAUAGCAUAACAUUUUCAAUGAAACGAAAGGAUGCUGAAAAAUUGGUCAAAUACGUUUCGGAACAUGUUGAACUUGAAGGCGAUAUCAUCAAUCCGAAACCAGUCGAUGUAAAAUUAGUUACAUUUGGCUCAUUAAAAUCUGAUACAAAAUGA